AUGUCAGGCAAUAGUAAUGCCGCAUACAGCACGGCAAUAAAGAAGAUAAACAACACUGACCGGGCUGUAGAAUUACUCGAGUCCAAGGAGCUGAUUCUGAGAGGGCAAUCACUGAGUUUGCUAACAAUACAUGACAGCCUGUUGCAUCUUGCACACACAGCUGCCCCUGCUGCAGUCACCUUGGAAUGUCUUGUUGCUUUCUCAAGGGUCAUUGACACUGUCUACAUGGACCACAUCGCUUCCGAGGUGGUGAACAAGGUCUGCCACAAGACCAUGUUAGCAUACAAUGUUCUUGAUGAAGAUUCCAACAAGCUCGAGCAACUACAAACUGAGCUAGAUGGCUACAUCAACUGGGCAAAGGAACAGGUGCAUGAACUCGAACAGUAUCAAAAGAAUGUUCGAGGAGAGAUAGAAAAAGGGAUGGCAGAGCUAGUGGAAGCCUUGAGAAUAGCUCUGACAGAAAUACAAAGAGCACUCAGCCCACAGGGAGUGUCAUGA